AUCGUAGUAAGUUGUAAACCGAGUUCCCUAGCCAUACCUUCCACUGCCACGUUCAACUCCUCACUUCGAAGUCCCAGAGAGGAAGUCGUCUGUUAGCACAUCUUCUCGAGCGACAAUGGACCCUCGUAUAUGGCACAAAGUUGCUGCCAUCUCUGGAGUUGCAGCUCUUGGUCUUGGUACCUAUGGAUCCCAUGUCUUCAAGCCUCAAAACCCAGCUUACAAAGAGGUUUGGCACACUGCAUCCCUCUACCAUUUGGUUCACACGGCAGCUUUGGUUUCAGCUCCUAUGACCAAAAACCCCAACAUUUUUGGAGGCCUUCUAACAGCUGGAAUUCUGGCUUUUUCGGGGACGUGCUAUGCCGUUGCAUAUCUUGAAGACAGAAAGUACUCUACUUUGGCUCCCUUUGGAGGCUUUGCAUUUAUUGGUGCCUGGGCAAGUCUACUUUUCUAGAUCAUUGAGCUCCCUCAAAACAUCACAGGAUUCAAGAUGCAACUUUGCUAAACACCUAGAACCUGCAAAAUGCUGUGGUUAAGAGAUUGAAGAAAAACAAUUAAGCUCUUCGUAUUUGGUUUGGGGUUGGACAGUUGCCAAUGGCAAUUUAAUCAGGUUGAUUCAUAUACAGUUGUUAUCUAGAGGAUAGAAAGCUUGUGAAUGUCACUUUGUAUCCACAACCAAACAGGUGGGUCUUCAACCACAAAGGCUUAAAGUAAAUGAAAAUAAUGUGUGAUAUCAGUGAUAGAUAUUUAUUGGUAUUUUACUGUUAUAUAUAUACUAUUAUGAGUUUAUAACA